GACUUUCACGGGAUCGGCAUUCAGCUGCAGUGGGGGAACAUGGAGGUCGGACGCCUCAUUUGUGCGGCGUUUUUUCUCGCCUGCACCGGCCUUUGCACCGCUAAACCACAGGAACUCGUGUUCCUUGAAAGCAGCCACGAUUUGGAAGCUUGGCGAGCGGAGGGUUGGGAAAAAGCGGAAAGACUCUCCCCGUCGGAAGAUGUUUUUCUCACCUUCGCUCUCAAGCAAAGAAAUUUAGAAUCGCUCGAGCGACAUUUCUGGCAGGUCUCCGAUCCCAAGUCGUCGGAAUAUGGCAAACACUUGUCGUUAUCCAACCUGACGCAGCUUGUAUCACCUUCUGAAGCGACUACUUCUACAAUCAACUUAUGGCUAAGAAGGCAUGGCAUUCAGCAGAGCGACUGCACGACAAUUCUUACCGGAGAUUUUUUGACCUGCCGAAUGUCUUGUGCAGCAGCAGAGGCACUUCUUGUUGGGGCGAAGUUUCACCGCUUUAGACAUACAAAGCUCACACGGCCCGUGAUUCGCUCGACCCAUCUAUACAGUGUUCCGAAGACAGUGUCUCCUCAUUUGGAUUUCGUGGGUGGGGUACUUCAUUUCCCAGCGGUGAAUGGCCCGUCCUCCCCCAAAGUUAAUGAGUACGCGCUCUUCGAGAUUGAGAAAAAACCAUCAGUUAGGGGCCAAGUACACAUCGGUGUUUACCCGAGUGUUUUACGAGAGCGUUAUAAUGUUUCCGAUGUCGUUGGCACGCAUCCCAAAAACUUACAAUCUGUGGCACAAUUUCUGGAACAGUACUACAGUCCUUCUGAUCUAAAGGAAUUCUUAGCCUUGUGGGGAGGUUCCUUCAAGCAUCUGGAAGAAAUGGCCAAAGUUAUUGGGCCCGAUAGUGGUCGCUCUGGCAUUGAAGCUAGCCUGGAUACCCAGUACAUCAUGAGUCUGGGUGCAAUGGUACCUACGUGGUUCUGGAGCACUGGUGGGCGUCAUGAGUCACAAGAGCCCUUCCUGGAAUGGCUCAUUGACAUCAGUAAUCGCACAGAUGUACCGUGGGUGCACAGCGUCAGCUACAGUGAUAAUGAAGACACACUGGAUGUCACCUACAUGAACAGAAUCAAUGUAGAGUUCCAAAAGGCUGGUGUUCGAGGACUCACCUUCCUCUUUGCCAGUGGAGACAAUGGUGCUGGCUGUAAAAAGAAGAAGUUUCGCCCCAUGUUUCCAUCAUCAUCCCCUUAUGUUACUACAGUUGGUGGAACAGCAUUUAAUGAUCCUUUCACAGUGUCUGAUGAAUAUGCCUAUGACAUAAGCGGUGGAGGAUUCAGCAAUGUAUUCGAUCGUCCUUCUUACCAAACUGAUGUUGUUGAGAAUUACCUGAAGACAGGACCACACAUACCUGCGGCAUCAUACUUUAAUCAAGCAGGGCGUGGUUUUCCUGACAUUGCAGCCAUAUGCAAUCACUUUUGGAUCGUCAAUAAUAGGAUUCCUGUUCCAGGGGUCAUGGGAACAUCAGCUUCAACACCAACCGUGGCUGGUAUCAUUUCAUUGGUGAAUGAUGCACGUUUUCAACAAGGCAAAUCUUCCCUAGGAUUUUUGAAUCCUUUCCUGUAUCAAAAUGCAGCGGCAAUGUAUGAUGUUACAACGGGUUAUAAUGAUGGUUGUCUUGAGGGAGAUACAGGAUUCUAUGCUGCUGCUGGUUGGGAUCCUGUGACAGGCUCAGGUAGUCCAAACUUCCCUGAUUUGGUCAAGGCUGCCCUAAGCAAUCAAUGAAAUUUCAGAAGAGGUAGAAAAAAGUCAUAUAAAGUUAUUACAACAUUGAGAUGCUAGGGAACUGAAACAAACAUUGAAAGAUAGGGCUUUUUAGAUAUAUCACUUUGUAUCAUGUCACAUUUGUGCUAAGAAAAUUGCAAUCCAAGAAUUCGGGUUUUGUUUUUGAACACUGUUAAUCAAAGUUUUUGGAUUAAGAUUUUUGGUAAAUAAAAUUC